AAAGAGUUAUUUCCUCCUAACAGUAAUUAUAUUUCAUCUCACUAUUCACUGAGAAAGCCUCAACCAGUUGUAUCUGUGGAACAUUUCUUUGCAGAGGUUGCGAUUUCAAUCUUCACAAAAGAGGAAAUAGCUUUACACAGAAGGAUGAUUUCUCACAACAUGACAUGGAUAAGAUAUCCAAGCCAUAGUAGCUUCGACCCAUCUAUUGGAAUAGAAGACCUCAUAGUUUCUCAAAAUGUCAUAUCAAGAUUUAUGCACUGCUACAUUGUCUUCUUUGUACCAACAGGUUUAAUAGCCGGGAUAUCUAUCCUGACCAUCUUCAUAAAGAACUAUUUGCGGCAUAGUGUCUUGGAAAAAUUAGACAUAUUUCUUUUUUAUUUCACCAUCAGCAAUAUUGUAAUGAUAUUUUUUUCAUUCACUGUCAUAACUAGACCUGACUAUUUAAUGGCAACCCAGUUAGGCUGUGGCGCUCUGUCAUUUUUUUUCAAUGUGAGUUAUUUCAAUUCUCAGUAUCUUCUGAUUUUGAUGCUUCUUGCUUUUUUACUCAAUAGAUUCCCACCAAGGACUGUUUUGAUGACCAAAGCAACUCAAAGUCCAGUGUUAUGUGUUGGAUUUGUACUAACAUGUGCCUUCUGCAUAUCACUGGUAGUGGUGGCACUGCUAGGCACAGAUAACUACCACAAAGAAACAGACUGCCAGUUAGACCCAUUAUUCGCAUGGCCCGAAUAUGAGAUUACUAAAUUCAGCUUUGGGUUUGGAAUUCCAUUGUUUUUCCAGAUACUCUGUUUUAUUCUAUUUUUUGUUAAAAAAGCACAACCAGAAGCUCCAACCCUGAGAGAGAAUAUUCAAGCUUAUCUGGCUGUGCUGACUAUAACCAUAACAAUGUUUGUUUGCCGUCUGUUUUACAACAUUAUGAUUCUCUCCAGGACCACAUUAAAGAUACACAAAACUAUAGGAACUCCCAAGAAUGAGCUAAUGAUGAAUAUUGCAGAGAUAGUGUUGUUUAGUGAGAACUGCAUUAGUUUGAUAUUCAUACUUUGUCUUCAUAAACCAUGCCAGGCUGGAAUACUGAAAAUCCUAAUGAAUCUCACAAAAGUUUGCAGAAAAGAUACUACCAACAAUCGUUUUGAAAUACCAGUAACAGAUAUACAUGGUGAAAAUGGGUCUCACUGACAUCCCUCUCCGCACAAAGUAUUUAAACAUUUUCACUUGUUUUAUCAAGAACUGUCCUUUGGUUUUGGCCCAAGACUAGACCUACCUUACAAAUAUUUGAAGAAAAAUGUUGUUUGGGACCUACCGUCAAGGUUUUUAAAAUGAAAGGAACUGGUUUAUGUUGGAAUUUCUCUAAACCAAAACAAAAAGUCUAACACAUACUUAUGCCAGAACAGCAUGCUUUCUUGAUGACUUCGAUGCACAAGCACAGAAAUAAACAAAAGCACAGCAAAAGCAUCUUUACCAAAGACAAAAUCAGGAGGGAAAGACAUUCUGUUUUUAUAACUGUAUUUUCAUGCAACUGGAAUUUAGUGUACUCGAGAUGGACAAUAUUUAUGUAUUAUACAAAUAAUGGCUAAUUCGAAGGGCCAUAAGCAGUAAAAUAUGGCCCAAGAGUGAAAAAAGUCUUGAAAUUGUGAUAUUGGCAGAACUGUGAUAUAUUGUACAGUAUUCCAUAAUUUUAAAAAAUACAGUGCUAACCUGAGAACAUUCUCUCCCCUCCAUCCACCUUCCCUCUUGGAGUUCAUCAGUCCCCUUGCAGCACCAGCACAGACUGAAGUCCAAUAACUACCAGUUUCAGAUGCAAAUGAAGCUUACUUGGUUUCUUCUGAGUGGGUAGUUACUGCAGUUCAGUGAGACAAGAGUCAUGAACUAUACAUUUAACCUCCCCUCCUCUGCCCCCUUUUUUUGACACUGCAGUGCAAGCUUCAUAUGAGGCUUUGGACAAGCAUGUGGCCAUAGGUUACAAGGCUAUCAGCACUUAUUUUGGAUUGACUGGGAGGUCUCACAGGAGACUUACCAGCAGAGAUUUUGAAGUGAGCUCUUUCCGUCAGGGGUGCAGCCACAUACCUUUGCUCAGUAUUUGAGGGCUUGGGAACUCAUUGGCUCAGGUGUAAUACUCAGAUGGUAAGGGAACAGAUGGAUUUUAUAACAGUGGAGCAGUGCUUGGAAAGUCUGCCUGAGAGAUUUGUGUGGACAGUUGGUGUCAGUGCACCCUAGUACAGGCACACAAAGAGGACUAACUGGAGGUUAAGCCACUAGAGAUAACCACAGCCAUGUCCUAAAAAUAAAGGAGGAUAUCCAGCUGGACAGAUGGUAGAACUGCCACA